AUGUUUUUGGUGGGAUACAACCAACCUCUUCCUAAAUAUUAUUUGGCACGUUAUGAAGAUCGCGUCGCUCACUUAUAUAAAACUUUGAUAAAAUUUUUAGACGAUCAAGAUAUACAGCAAUCCAUACUUGAUUUGUUAAUUGAUCUUUCCUGGAUGAAACAUGGUCUUCUUUUCGAACUCUUAGAUGUAAAUGUGCCUUCACAAGAACUCCUUCUUAAACAUUUAAUCGAUAUGAAUCCAUUGUUGGACGAUCUAAGUCAAAUGACACUUCAUACCAAUAACACAGAAUAG